AUGGCCCUGCAGUGGUCGACCCAGCUCUUGCAGGCUGUCCCUCCUUCAGCCCUGCAAUGGUCACCGUGUCCAUCCGACCCAGCCCUCGACUGCACAACCCUCACCGUCCCCCUCGAAUACGCCGACCCUGACAAUGGCAAUCUCGCGCAUAUCCCCCUUGCCCGGUUCAACGCCACAGUCCCGACAUCCCAGCGCAAGGGCCAUCUUCUGACAAACCCCGGCGGACCGGGCUCAUCCGGCAUCGAUUUCCUCCUCAACGGUGCCGGCGAGGGAAUCUUCAACAUCACAGGCGGAUUCUACGAUAUCGUCUCCUGGGAUCCACGCGGAGUAGGCUCUGCAAGACCCCUGCUACAAUGCUUCAACACAGCCGGUGAAGAGACCGAAGCAUCCGACUCCGUCUCUGCAGCCGCCAACGUCGAAUACACCCAGCUCACGAACCAGAGCUACAUGCCUGAAUUCUACUCCGCAAUCCAGGACUACGAUGCCGAAGUCGGGACUCUCGCAAAUGCAUGCGCCGAGCAUAACUCCACAGCACUGUACACCUCCAGCGCGGCAUACGUCGCGCGAGACAUGGCCGCCAUCGCCGACGCCCUAGAGAGAAAGGACAAUGCAACACUGAACUACUGGGGCUUCUCGUACGGAACGAUCUUCGGCGCGGAAUUCAUCCAGACGUUCCCUGAGCGCGUUGGGCGGAUCGUCUUCGAUGGGGUAUUCGACCCCGAGGCAAACGCAAAGACAUACGCCAGCCAACUCCCCAACGACGAGCUAUUCGUGCGCGAUACAAUCGACGACCUGGUUGCAUUCUGCAAUGACGCUGGGCCAGAUGGAUGCGCUUUGAGUAGACCGCCAGGAUCCCCGAAUAGCACUAUAGACAUUGCAGAGCGUCUCGCGACCCUGCAGGCCUCUCUAUACGAAACCCCUGUCGAAGUCCCAGACGGCUCGUUCUCAAUCGACGUCAGCACCUUUUCUUUCUUCAUGUACUCGUUCAUCAAACUCCCGACCACCUGGCCGGCCGUUGCCUCUGCCGUCAGCGCCCUUGAAGCCGGCGACGCAGGACCCCUCGCCGACCUUCUCACAGACGGAGUCGGGUCGGGCUCUGUAACGAACCAUUCCGCUCCAGAUACAGGGUCUCUAGCAGGCUGGCCGCUGCAAUGUAUUGACAACGCACCGACGAACCACACGACUGUCUCAGAGCUGGCGAAAUUGGUUCGUGAUAUCUCGCUUGCGGAGAAAACGCCCUGGCUGAACGCCGAUCUGGCGACGCUAUCCUUUUGUCGGAAUUUCCCAGAUAAAAGACCCAGAGUAUCGAAUCUCGGUGCUGGAAUGCUGAAAUCUGGACGGACGAAUGAGAUCCUUACUGCGCAAGUUACACCUGUCUUGAUUGUGAAUGCGCUGCAUGAUCCUAGUACACCUGUGACGUCUGCUCACAAACUGCAUGGCUGGCUGGGUUCGUCCUCGCGUCUUAUUACGAGACGUGGGCCUGGGCAUACGAGUAUGAGUCUUGCGUCGUUGGGUCUGGUACAGGCUAUUCGGGAUUAUCUGCUUGAUGGGCAGCUGCCUGUCACUGAGGUUCAUGACGUGAGUCAGUUGGUGUUUGAUAGCAGAAUUGACCAGGAUACCAUGACUCCUGAUCCGGUCUUUAAUGGGACGUAUACAGAUCAGGAGAUGGGCUUGUUGCGGUCUACUUAUGAGAUUUUCCUGGCGUUUUUGAGUUUGCCAUAG